AUGUCGGAUUUCAGUUGUAUUAACAAUGAGUCAACUGAUCCGCCGAUUGAACAAUCGGGCGACAAAGGUGCACAAUCAGUCGUUGACGGUGGAUCAGUUGGACCUACAGUAGCUCCGAUAGUGACGCGUCGUCGUGCGAGUUUAAAUUUAUCGCAACAAGAAAAUGUACCACAAGAUACCGACCAUGCACAAGGAGCCAUCAGACAGAACAUCGAUGCACAGAAACAACCUAAGAAACGCGAAAAACGUGCAAACACGACUAGCCCUUUGGACGACGAUGAUUUCGUUGAUGGCGCGCCUCGACGGGAUAGUGAUUUAAACGUGGUGGCACGAGAUGAUACCCGAGCAGAAACUGAUGAUGCAUUCCCGACCGUCCACACGAGAACAUCACCAGCAAUAUUCGUGAAGGCGGUGUCCGGUUUGUCCGAAGACCAGAAACGUGCAGUCCGUGAAUUGGGAUUCGGAUGCUUGCUCGAUUUGACGAUAACAGCAACCCCGACGAAAAUGGGAUAUUGGUUGGUUGAUAAUUUCAACCAUAUGGACUGGAAGCUGCAAUUAUAUGAUGUGGGAAAGAUCCACGUGAAGGAGGACGAUGUGUACAGUGUGCUGGGGCUGCCCCGUGGAACUAUCGAGACUUGUGAUAGAAGCGACGACAGGUUUAAGCGUCAUUUUGUUGUGCUCGUCGUUACGUGUUUGUUCGAGAGCUCACAGAAUGCAGUGGCGAAUUUACGCACAAUUCACUUGCUUGAUGAUUUGUCGAAUGUCAGCAAGAUGAACUGGUGUGCAUACCUGAUUCGGUGUCUGGUGGGUGCUAAAAAAUCAUGGAAUGCUAAUCAAAAGCGCAAGAAUUUCACUGGGCCACUGCUAUUUUUGACGCUGUUUUAUGUCGAUAAGGUUGUGUUAUCGAUUAGAACCGUAGCGGGAUCACUACCGAUUUUCAAAUCAUGGAAUAACGGAUUGCUAAAAGCGAGAGAGCGAGACGAGAUUGCGGCUGGCGCAUUUGGGAGAGGUUAUGUGGAUGACGACGUACGUGUGUCUGAUGCUCGUCACCGUGCCGAAAUACAUGAUGGCAGCCCCAGUGGUAAUGACAUGAACUGUGCGUCGAAACUCGAUGUCCAGGCAUUUAUGCGGGAAUUUGCAUCAAAGACGCGUGUUCUUGCCACAGCUGGUAUUGAAGUUAUAAAAUUGGUUGAGAAUGCACCGCGAGAUCUGUUGGGUGACGAGAAUUUCACGAAAAUGCAAGGUGCGGAACAGAAGCUGCUUGGUAUUUGUAAUGAAGAUUCUAAAGGAAAGGGCAAACAGCAUAUGCCUAGUCAACCUAGCCAGCAUGCCGCCACUUGCCCUGAUGAGUCCUCCUUUAAGGCACCAACUCAGAUUGUUGACGACGAUUUCUGGAAUAACCCCGAGAACCUAGCUACCCUAGAUGCAAUUGUUGACGCUGUUGCACGUCGUGACUGUUUCAAAAGGAUCAAAAUGAUGAGGAUGCACAAUGAGGGCCCUAGCUACAACUUGGGGCUGGGGCUUUCAUCAGACGAAGAAGACGAUGCCGCGGAUAUAAAUCGUUGUCAUACUACUGUAGACGAAGUCGCAGUCGGAGAGCCUUCCAGUGUACAUGUGCCAUCAGCUGAUUGUGACGCAGUGGUUAAUGAAUCGAUCGUCGAUACGGAUCAUGAUUGCGUGCAAGGUGUCGAUGGUGAUGUGAUGGUUGAUACUGGUGUUGCUGAUGGUGGUGCUGUUGAUGUCGAACCACUGGCCGUGGUCGGAGCUGAAGGAGCUUCCUGCCCGGCGAUGAAGGACGUCGGCGAGAGGGUCGCUAGACGGAGACAAGGCGAACUCCGGCGAAAUCGAGGAGAAACAGACCUAGGGUUGGUGAAUUUCGCGUGGUGGAAGGGCGGCGCUGAGAGGGAACUGGAAUGGAGAGGAUGCCGGCGAGGUCGACGGUGA